UCAAAAAUCUGACAAUCCAUUUUCUGGAUUCACCGCUGAAAUCCAUUCAUGCAUCUCCAUUUUCGUUUAUGGGAGAAGAAGUGAGAAUUACCGACUACGAUGUCGGCGGCGAUGACGAUGAUCGAGUUUUGGAGUGGGAGGCCGGAUUGCCUACCCUUGAUGAUUUGAUGCCAUUGUCACAGUCGUUGGUACCGCCGGAGCUGGCUUCGGCUUUCAGCGUUAUGCCGGAGCCUCGCCGGAGCAUGAUUGACGUUAAUCGCGCUUCUCAAAACACACUAACGAAUCUCCGAGGCCAGUCGAUGAAACAGCCGUUGAAUAAAUUCAAUGGUUUUAAGUCGUUUGGUGAGGAUAAAGGAGAUGAAAUGGUUAUGGAAGGUGAGGAGACCGCUGAUCUAACUGGAGAUGGUUCAGAUUCUAGGAAAUUGAGGAGAGUCGAUAGUGGUGGUGCCGGUGCGGUUGGUGGAGCUGGAGAGGAAGCUGACUCGGCUUUGCGAGCCGAUGAUUCGUCGACGAGGACAUCGAAGCGGCCUCGCUUGGUCUGGACGCCGCAAUUGCACAAGCGAUUUGUGGACGUCGUUGCGCAUCUAGGUGUUAAGAAUGCGGUUCCUAAAACGAUCAUGCAGUUGAUGAAUGUUGAAGGAUUGACGCGAGAGAAUGUCGCGAGUCAUCUUCAGAAGUAUAGGCUUUAUCUGAAACGGAUGCAGGGGUUGUCUAAUGAAGGCCCCUCGUCUUCGGAUCAUCUGUUCGCAUCGACUCCUGUUCCUCAGAGUUUACACGAGUCCAGUGGAGGUGGAAAUGGAAAUAGUCACACUCCAGUACCGAUUCCAAUGCCAUACCCACCGCAAAUGGUGCAUAUGCCUUAUCCGCCGCCGCAGAUGGUACCUCAUCCGGCAGGAGCUGGUGGUGCUGCUUAUCAUCAUGGGUUUGAGUCACAUUCUCAUCCAUAUAAUAUGAUGAUGCAACAAAGAGACUGGUCUGCGAAUAAAUUUGCUUCAGUUUCACCAUACCAGCACCGUAUGACUCCCAACGAUAAAUAGAGUUUCUAUACAGUAAAUUGGAAAUUUGUCCAAACAAAAAGAGAGUAGGUAUUGUGGUUCAUACGGUAGUAUGGAGGAGCUCAAAACAAUCAAGAAACCAGCAAUAGUAUAAGGUUACCCAGACAUCGGCGACCAACUUCUUCGCAGAGCAAUGCUGUUCAUUUGCUAAAUUCACCAUGAUUUAUCCAUUCAUCUCAAUUCAGCCCCUCAAUCAGUAUUGGCAUCAACUUCGAGUUUGGAUUGUUUAGGUGUUACAAACUGUUGUGAUGAUUGCCGUCCUUCGGAUGGCCCAUCGUAGACAAGAGUUGAACUACAAUGGUUUUUGAUUUCUGACUGCAACUUUAAGUGUAGCAUUAGUUAUUAUCAAUAGAGUUGUUGAAUUUACAUAUAGGACGGAAGCAAAAUAAAGUCCACCCCUAAUUUGAAGUGGCGAAAAUAUAUGGCAGCAAUAGUUGUAAGAGUACAUCUAUCUAAAUAUUUUAGAGCUAUCAUGUGGAAUAGAGGGUUCUUUCUUGCUUCUUGUGUCGAUCAUUCUCUUCUUCUUUGUCUUUUGGGAAA